CUCCGAACUCACGAUCAGUCACAAGAUUGCUAACGCUGUGAAGUGAUCAUGGAUCCAAAGUAUUCACAACAACAACCCUAUGCCCAACCAUACCCAAGUAAUGGGGGUGGAUUCAACCAUCAACCUGGUUUCUCUCAGCAACCAUCUCAAAUCGUUUAUCCUGCUUACGACCAUGGAGCGGUUGUUCCUCAGCCAGGAUAUAAUUACCAGGGUGCCCAAAGUCAAGGUGUACAUCCGUCCCAAGUUGGUAUUGCUCCUCAAUUUCCAUCCGGCCAUCAAGGAUAUCAAAAUGGUCCACAGGCCCAAUCGUGGAACACGGGCAACAAUUGGAACAACUAUGGAGCUACAGCUCCUCUGCAGCAGGGGAACUAUUCGAUUAGCGGCAAUGGUGGAUAUGAUUCGGAUGGAGAACGUGGUAUAAUUGGCGAGAGUUUGUCCGCAUUUUCUGAUAAGGCCGUUCGUCGCGGAUUCAUUCGUAAGGUGUAUGGAAUCCUUUCCGUUCAAUUGCUUAUCACCUGUGGCCUAAUUUCCAUUUUCGUAUUCGUGAAACCCCUUCGAGAUUUUGCUAUAGAAAAUGAAAGUCUGUAUUGGAUUGCAUUCGCCGUCACGAUGGUAUGCAUGAUCGCCAUGGUUUGUUGUGAGAGCGUGAGGCGAAAGUCUCCAACUAAUUUUGUAUUCUUAGGGAUAUUCACGAUUUGUGAAGGCUUCAUGAUGGGAUCGUUGGCUGCGCACUUUGAGGCAGAUGCGGUCCUGAUUGCCGCAGGGACUUGUGCAGUGGUCACAUUAGCCCUCACAGUGUUUGCCUUUCAAAGCAAAUACGACUUCACAGUGUGUGGAGGCAUGCUUUUGGCAUUGUUGCUUAUCCUCCUAUUAGGGGGCAUUUUAAUGGCAAUCCUGCCCAACUCGAAGUGGGCCAUGAUUGGUUACGGAUCGGCUGGAGCUCUUAUAUUUUCCUUGUACAUCGUGUACGAUACGCAAAUAAUGAUGGGCGGGAAACACAAGUAUGCUCUAAGCCCGGAAGAGUACAUCUUUGCUGCACUCAACCUUUACCUGGACAUCAUCAAUCUAUUCGUCUAUCUACUCAUGAUCAUUGGAAUUGCUCGAAGCGAUUAGAAGAUGGAAGCAACGCUCGUGAAUUCAGAUGGUAUAAGAUUUAUUUCGAUGUCAAGUCCUCGAUGUGACCCUUAUUGCUAAUACACUUUUUCCGGAAGCACUCUUAAAACUGAAGUAUUGCUUUAUGCUGAAAUAAAGUGCCCUUAUGU